GAGUACGAGCACUACGCUGCCAAGUGCGAGGCGGUCAGCCUCCCCGAGAUCGACGCCACGACGAAGAAGCACUACGCUGUCGAGGUCGACAAGGGCCGCAGCAUCGGCCACAUCGCCGCGGCGAUCAAAGCGUUGGACACGACUGGCGACGGCGACCAGCUCUACUCUUCCAUCCGGAAGAUCGACGUCAAGCUCAAGGGAGCGCUGAAGGUGCUCAAGCCGAUCGACGUGCUGCCCGCGCUGCUGCACAAGAAGUACGACCAAGUCCUCGGAUGA